GGAAGUUGGGGCGAGGGUGACCGUGAGGGAGGUGGGGGCCUGCGGAAGUCUAGGUGGCCCCUGCCCACCUCUGGAAAGAACCGGAAGCCCGGGCUGCGGAGGGUGAAGGGAGUUGCGGACCGGCUGUACAGCCGAGGAGAAAACCUGAACCCCAAGCUAAGAGAGGCCGAAGAAGAAACUGGAGGGCCGGGCUGGGAAGGCCCUGAAGCGGGUACCGGCUUUAGGCCUGGGAGGGUCGAACGGAGAACUCGGAGCCUGAGUCGGGCGAGGUUUUGCUCUACUGUGGCUUCUAAAUGUGGGGGCCUCAGGAUGUGAUCCGUGGUCGUGAACCGGAGGGUGACUUGGAGUUUUUGUCCGUUUUGCACUAUGAGAAAGCCUCGGAAUGGAAUCUGGCAGGUUUUAUACAUUAUGAAUAAAGCUGGCACUUUUCCGUUUCUCCUGGGCAGAUAUUUAGAAGAAAAGUUGCUGGGUAAUUGUGCAGGGGAAAGGAGAAUAAAGAACACUUAAUUGAUCUCAUAAAAGUCAAAGCAUAAAAGAAGCAGCAAGUAUAAGCCUGAUGAAAAAGAAAGUGAAGAAGGAGAUGGGUCAUUGAACUAAGGGGAGGCCUGGUGACAGCUCUUGGAAGAUGAAGUCUGACCAGAACAGCACGUCUACCUGACAGAAAUGAAAACAUUUCCACACUAAAACAGGCACAUGAAUCUUCACAGCAGCAUUAUUCACAGUAGCCGAAAAAUGGAAACAUCCUAAACAUCCGUCAGCUGAUGAAUGGCAUCCACUUCCUGCCAUCUUUGCAUAGGCGAACCACAGUCCUGUAUUCAAAGGUAAAAGUGGGACUGUUUCCUUUUCCAAAAGAAGAGCUCAAAAGAGAAGGUUCAUCUAGAAAUCUCAAAGCCAUGUCUCAGGGAUCAGUGUCAUUCAAGGAUGUGACUGUGGACUUCACCCAGGAGGAGUGGCAGCAACUAGACCCUGCUCAGAAGGCCCUCUACAGGGAUGUGAUGUUGGAAAACUAUUGCCACUUUGUAUCUGUGGGGUUUCACAUGACUAAGCCUGAUAUGAUCCGCAAGUUGGAACAAGGAGAAGAGCUAUGGACACAGAGAAUUUUUCCAAGUUACAGCUAUCUAGAAGAAGAUGGGAAAACUGAAGAUGUCUUAGUGAAGUUCAAAGAAUACCAAGACAGGCAUUCUAAAUCCCUCAUAUUCAUCAAUCACAAAAAACUAAUUAAGGAGAGAAGUAAUAUUUAUAGUAAAGCACUUACUCUAGGCAAGAACCAUAUUUCAAAAACCGUACUAUGUGAAUAUAAACCUGAUGGAAAAGUUUUGAAAAAUAUUUCAGAACUAGUCAUUAGAAAUAUAAGCCCCAUAAAAGAGAAGUUUGGGGACAGUACUGGAUGGGAGAAAUCACUCCUCAGUACCAAGCAUGAGAAAAUUCAUCCUGCAGUGAAUCUCCAGAAACAAACAGAAAGAGUUCUCAGUGGUAAACAGGAGCUUAUUCAGCAUCAGAAGGCUCAAGCUCCAGAGCGACCAUUUGACCAUAAUGAAUGUGAAAAAUCCUUCCUGAUGAAAGGAAUGCUAUUUACACAUACUAGAGCUCACAGAGGAGAAAGAACCUUUGACUACAAUAAAGAUGGAAUUGCCUUCAUAGAAAAGUCAAGCCUCAGUGUCCAUCCAAGUAAUCUUAUGGAAAAGAAGCCCUCUGCCUACAACAAAUAUGGGAAAUUCCUCUGCAGAAAGUCUGUCUUUAUUAUGCCUCAGAGACCACAAACAGAAGAGAAACCCUUUCACUGUCCUUACUGUGGGAAUAACUUUAGAAGGAAAUCAUACCUCAUUGAACAUCAGCGAAUUCACACAGGUGAAAAACCUUAUGUUUGCAAUCAAUGUGGAAAGGCCUUCCGUCAGAAGACAGCCCUCACCCUUCAUGAGAAAACACAUAUAGAGGGGAAACCCUUUAUUUGUAUGGAUUGUGGGAAGUCCUUCCGCCAGAAGGCCACCCUCACUAGACAUCACAAAACACAUACGGGGGAGAAAGCCUAUGAAUGUCCUCAGUGUGGAAGUGCCUUUAGGAAGAAGUCAUACCUCAUUGAUCACCAGAGAACUCACACAGGAGAGAAACCAUAUCAGUGUAAUGAGUGUGGGAAGGCAUUUAUCCAGAAGACAACCCUCACUGUGCAUCAGAGAACUCACACAGGAGAGAAACCCUAUAUUUGCAAUGAAUGUGGGAAGUCCUUCUGCCAAAAGACAACCCUCACUCUCCACCAGAGAAUUCACACAGGGGAGAAACCCUAUAUUUGUAAUGAAUGUGGGAAGUCCUUCCGCCAGAAGGCAAUCCUCACUGUUCAUCACAGGAUACAUACAGGAGAGAAAUCCAAUGGGUGUCCUCAGUGUGGGAAAGCCUUUAGUAGGAAAUCAAACCUCAUUCGCCAUCAGAAAACUCACACAGGAGAGAAACCAUAUGAAUGUAAACAGUGUGGGAAGUUCUUCAGUUGUAAGUCAAACCUCAUUGUCCAUCAGAAAACUCACAAGGUAGAAACCAUGGGAAUUCAGUAAGUAAUGUGGCUUUUUUUGGUAAAAAAAUGUUAAGUCAUAGUAAACCCUGUAGAUGAUGUUGCUUGCAAGCAUAAUAAUAUCCAACAGUUUAAGGUACUAUACCACAUGGUAACCUACUAUUUGCCAGCCUGUAAAACACACACACACACACACACACACAAGUAUUAUUAGACAAAUUACAUGACAAAAAUAAUUAAAAAGUCCAAAUUUUUUUAUUACUAGCUUCAGCAGACAAAAACUUCCUCUGUCAAGGUGUUAUAAACAUUGAAAAUCACAUUUUCCAUUUCAACACAUAUCGUUUUGUUAAUCAGUAAUAACUAGUUGGCCAACUGACUGCGGUCCAUGGACUAUACAGUGAGUAGAGAGGUUCUUUAAAAGAAGGAGGUAUACGGGAGGUGGAGCUUGCAGUGAGCUGAGAUCCGGCCACUGCACUCCAGCCCAGGCAACAGAGUGAGACUCCGUCUCAACAAAAAAAAAAAAAAAAGAAGAAGAAGGUAUAAACUGUAUUUCUCAUUGCAAAUACAAAAUAAAAAUUAGUUGUUACCUCCUCACAGUUGACCAUGAUUCUGACUUCUAACAUUACAAAUUAGUUUUUACAUAUUAUAAACCUUUCUAUAAAUUGGAUUAUCAUGCAUUCUUUCAUGUACGGCUUAUUACAUUCAUCAUGUCCCUGAAUCUAAUCAUUAGUGCAUGUGGCAGAAGUUUAUUUAUUUUUAUCCAGGAUAGAAUUCUAUUAUAUGAUUAUAUCACAAUUUAUCCAUUCUCCUAUUGAUGAGCUUUUACAUUGUUUACAGCUUAGGGUCAUAAUAAAUCAUGCUUCUGAGAGCAUACUUGUCUUGGUGUACAUACAUGUAUUUCUCUUGUGUAUAUACUUAGGAAUGGAAUCGCUGGGUCAGUGCAUAUGUGUAUUCAGUCAGAUACUGGCAGACGAUUCAGAACUUUCACCACGUGAGAUAAUUGACACUGAAGGGAAACAGCUAUAAAUUUUAUCAAUAUGGUGCUGGUUCAAACCAGAGAAUUCAUGCUGCAGGGAAACUUGAUCAAUGUUAUUGUGAAAACUGGGAAUGUGAAUGAACGUAAUAGAUGUAGAAAGACGUUUAGUCACAGCCCAAAUCUUCCAGGCAAAUGUCAUAAAUGUGAGAUUGCUGUUAUCCACAGUUAAUGCGUUAUUUGAAAGCAAAAAGUCUACUAGAGGAGAGGCAUCCAGCAUUUCCCUUUUUCACCAUCAGAGAAUUCCAACUAGAGAAAAGUCCUGUGAGUGUGUUGAAGUUGGAGCAUGGGGAGGAAUAUAGUCUUUACCUAUGGUCUGUAUCUUACUGGUCAAGUACAAAUGAUGAAUAUGGAAAAGCUUAUAGCCAUCGUUCAUAUAUUACGCUACACCAGGGAAUUCACAUAGGAUGAGAACUCUUCAAAUGAAAUGAUUAUAAGAAUGACUUUAACUGUUGCUCAUUUCUUUUACACCAUCAAAGAAUUAAUACUAAAGAAAGGAAGAUUAAAAGGAAACAAAUGGGGCUUGGGACUUUGUUUUUUUUUUUUUUUUUUUGAGAGAGAGAGUCUCACUCUGUCACCCAGGCUGGAGUGCAGUGGCAUGAUCUCAGCUCACUGCAGCCUCUGCCUC